GUGCGAAGGAUCAGCGCGGAUGGAGACGCCGGCGAGCAGAAACGAGGAGCUGGAGUUCCCGCUGGAUCGAGUGAGCAGCAUACCUAUCUACGAGGGUACCACGAACAAUGCUCUGGGUGGUGCAGUCGUGAGAGAGGACGGGGAGUGCAGCCAUGUCGGCUCGGUGGAGCAGGAGCAGUCGGUGCUGGGCAUCGUGCAGGCUAUUGCAGGUUGUGGUGAGGACAAAGCAGACGGACAAGCGGAUUCUGCAAUCUCAGCUGGGAAAAUGGAUCCACAAUCUCCUGGGUGGACAAGAAGGUUGCGAGUAGGACGAGCUCCACCUGACAGGACACCAUGUGCGUCCAGGAAGAGUACCCUGGAGAAGUCAAUCCGUGGGUACGCCGACGAGCUUGUUGAUGAGGUCAUAGAUCCUUGCCUUGGAACAACAUUUGAUUCCCUCGGAGAAGCAUAUGAUUUCUCCACCUGUACUCGUGGGAAAACGGAUUCGGAAUUAGGUACAGGAAGAGCCGUCUUAAUGCGGAGAAAACUAAGUGCAUGCAAGAGAUAGUAUGUGGAUGCUCGGGGAAGCCAACAUCGGAAAACACAAAGUCAUGCAGAUGUGAGUGCCCAGCAAUGAUACGACUGCUUCGGACAUCAGACAAUGGUUGGUACAUAACAGAGCAUAGGGUGAAGCAUAACCACACAAUGACAGAGAACUGUGGAGAGAAGGUAUUCUAGCCAUCACAUAAACAUAUAGAUGUGUACACAAGAGACCUAGUCCGUCAGCUUAGGGAGAAAAACAUAAACAUUGGGAAGGUGUACAACAUAAUUGCAGCUUUUUUUGGGAACGAAGGGAAUGUUCCAUUCACAAAAAGAUCACUGAGGAACCUGUGUGGGAAAUUAAGUAAGGAGCAGGCAGACGACGAUGUGAGGAAGACUACUGAGGCAUCCGAUGAGCUAGGAGCCAAAGACCCAGAGUUCAUGUUCAGGGUGCAAACAGAUGACGAAGGAAGGAUCAAGAACCUCAUGUGGACAACAGGGGCCAGCUGGAUGCAAUACAAAUGUUUUCGGGGAUGCUAUUACAUUUGACACAACAUACAAGACCAACUUGUAUGACAUGCCAUUUGGUUUGUUCGUGGGGGUGAAUAACCACUUCGAGAGCAUAAUUCUGGCAGGGGUCAUGGUCAGAGAUGAUCAAGUGGAUAGCUUUGAGUGGGUGUUCUCAACUUUCAUCAGGAUGAUGGGCGGGGUAGCACCUCGAACAAUACUAACAGAUCAAUGCAGGGCUAUGGAGGUCGCCAUUGGAAAUGUGAUGCCAGGAACAACACAUCGGUGGUGCAAGUGGCAUGUUCUGAAGAAAGCAAAAGAGAGUCUAGGUCCAAUAUACACAAAGACAAAUGAGUUCCGGGCAGAGUUCCACAAACUGGUGAAUAGCAUGUUAACCACUGAUGAAUUUGAGUCAGCCUGGGAAGAAUUGCUAGAGAAGUACAGCUUGCAGAAGCAUCCAUACAUGACCCAGCUGUUCGAGAUUAGGAAUAAAUGGGCAAAACCAUACUUCAAAGGCAUUUUCUGUGCAAAGAUGACAAGUACACAAGGAAGUGAAAGUGCAAACAGUUUAUUGAAGACAUAUAUACCAAGGAGCUGCCCAAUGCACCUGUUUGUGAAGCAAUACAUGAGGCUACAACUUUCGCGUGACGCUGAUGAAAACUAUGAAGAAAAGCGGACAAAGCUAAAAGACAUGCAAGUAAAGUAUAUACCCAAGCCAUGUUCGAGCAGUUUGGACAGAGCAUCUACAAGGGUUUCGCAUUCCGGGUUGAAAGAGAUCGAGAAGGACAUGAUAUACAUAGCGAGGCACACAAAUGCAGAGAGGCGUCAAAAAUGGAGCAGAGUCGAGUUUGUGGUGAAGGUGUUGGGAGAUAAAGAAGAAUUUAAUUGCGAGUGCGGGCUAUUCGCUCACAUGGGUAUCCUGUGCGGUCAUGCAUUGAAGGUAAUGGAUUAUGUCGGAGUAACGCGUAUACCAAGUAAGCACAUUCUGAAGCGAUGGACCCGAGAAGCACGAGAUAUUCUACCAGAAUAUCUAAGGCACUACCAGAAAGAUGAGGCGCAUGGAAAAGCAGUGACAUACAGGCACUCAAGCCUGUACAUACUUGCGAUGGAGCUUGUCAGGCUAGGGGAUGCAAGUGCCGAAGCAUACGAGAAGCUUGUGACCCUUUUCAAGGGAAACUUUGCAGUGAUGGCACGGUAUGAUGACGCUAGAGAUGGCCUUGGCCUUGAGGACAGGAUGACCGGCAAGAAGCGGAAGGAAACUGAUGGCAGCAUAAGCGAAGAAAACACCCCAUUGCAGCUGGUUAGCACCAAUGCAAUGGUUGGGCUUACAGCUCCAAGUAGGAAGGUCAAAUCAGGACGUCCAAGUACGAGCAGGGAGAAAGCUCCUUAUGAAGAAACUGGUAGAAGAACAAGGUUUUUGCAGCAUAUACAAGAAGGCUGGUCAUAAGAGGAUGACCUGUCCUGACAAAGGAGACAUGCCCAAGCAGCAAAGAAAGGAAGCUAGAUGCAGUCGGUGUGGUUUAACUGGGCAUCGAAAGAGCACAUGUAUAAAACCUAUGGGAUUCAGCGAUAUUGCAGUUGCGUGAAAUAACUUGUGUUUGUUUGGAUGAAAUA